UUGGUCCCCUGGAUUUCGCAGACUUGUAUUCAUCAGGUUUUCUUCUCUUACAGUCGUUCCAUAUUAUUGACCAAUAAUCUCAGAUGUAGAAGUUCCAAACAAUGUUAAGGACGUGUGCUUCUCUCAGACACAUGGAUUAAAAACAUUAAAACUUGUUUUUAAAUCGAUGUAUAGUUUGGUCAAAUUAAGAGGAGGCAGCCAACGUGUUUGCAAAGCCGUAGACAUGUCGAUUUAGUUUAUUUGUUAUAAACUGGGUGGUGAAGACAAGUAGGGUAUUCUACAAUAACUAUGGCCUCAGACCGGAGGAGGGACAGCCCGCAGUGCCGAGCCCAGCUGGACGAGAUCUUUUUCCGCCGACAUGACUACAUCCAGGCUGGCAGCCCGGAGCACAAAGAGUUCUGGUCUUUCUUUGACCGCUUCCAAAGGUUUAAAACAAAGAAGGAUGUGUCUGGGUCAGGACCAAAAGGGGACAGAGAAGACGGGAGAACGAAGGUAGACCUGGGUCUUCCGGCAGAGUAUGAUGCUCGGUACCGCAUUAAUGUUUCUGUGUGCACCAGGGAUGUGGAGGAGCGUCUGGGGAAGUCCGAGCACCGAGGCCGGCAGAGAUCCUCAGGUCCAGGCAGUCAGGAGGUCUCAGACUGCCGCUUGGCUCUGCUGCAUUUCCUGGACUUCAGCCAGAGACAGAGUUUUGGAAAGCUGGCCAAGCUUCGGAGGGAUCAGAAGAACCUGCCCAUCUUCCAGUACCGGGACAGGAUAGUGGAGCUGGUUCUUCACCCUGUGGUGGUGGUGGCUGGGGACACAGGCUGUGGGAAAUCCACCCAAGUACCCCAGUAUCUACUCUCAGCUGGCUUCAACCACAUAGCCUGCACCCAGCCUCGGCGUAUCGCCUGUAUAUCCCUGGCCAAGAGGGUCAGCUUUGAGAGUCUCAACCUGUACGGCUCAAAGGUGGGGUACCAGAUCCGCUUUGAGACCACCCGGACCCCGGCCACCAAACUGCUGUUCCUGACUGAGGGGCUGCUGCUCCGACAGAUCCAGCAGGACAGGACGCUGUCUCAGUACCAGGUGUUGAUUGUAGACGAGGUCCACGAGAGGCACCUCCACUGUGACUUCCUUCUUGGAGUCCUGCGCUCCCUGCUGGCUGACCAUCCAGACAUGCGUCUCAUCCUCAUGUCAGCCACCAUCAACAUCAAACUUUUCUCUGACUAUUUCAAUAGUGCUCCUGUGCUGCAGGUACCAGGCCGGCUGUUUCCUAUACAGGUGAUAUAUCAGCCCAUCCCACCUGAGGAGCAGGCCUCGCGCUCAGAGAAACUAGAUCCCAGACCCUACCUGCGCAUCCUGCAGGGCAUCGAUCAGCGCUACCCUCCAGAGGAGCGUGGCGACCUGCUUCUCUUCCUCAGCGGUGUGGCAGAGAUCUCCACCAUCCAGGAGGCCUGUCAGAUUUAUGCCACACACACACUUCGCUGGAUUGUCUUGCCACUGCACAGCACACUCUCACUGGCCCAGCAGGAUAAGGUGUUUGACAUUUCUCCUCCUGGUGUGAGAAAGUGCAUCAUCUCUACCAAUAUUGCUGAGACUUCAGUUACAAUAGAUGGAGUACGCUUUGUCGUAGACUCAGGGAAGGUAAAGGAGAUGAGUUUUGAUCCUAAGGCCAAGAUGCAACGUCUGCAGGAGUUCUGGAUCAGCCGAGCCAGCUCUGAGCAGAGGAAAGGUCGAGCUGGUCGCACAGGUCCAGGAGUGUGUUACCGCCUGUACGCUGAGUCCGAUUAUGAUGCCUUCGCACCUUAUCCUGUGCCUGAAAUCCACAGAGUUGCUCUGGACUCCCUCAUUCUUCAGAUGAAGAGCAUGUGUCUUGGAGAUCCACUUUCUUUUGUCUUCAUCGAUCCACCGCCUGCUGCUAGUAUCCAGACUGCAGUUACUUAUCUGAAAGAGCAGGGAGCGCUGGACGGUCGGGCUGAACUGACCUCGAUUGGUAGUUUGCUGGCACAGCUGCCUGUAGAUGUGGUCAUAGGAAAGAUGCUGGUGCUGGGCUCUUUGUUUAACCUGGUGGAUCCGGUGUUGACAGUAGCAGCAGCGCUCAGUGUUCAGUCGCCCUUCCUGCGCAGCUCACAGCACAACCCAGACUGUGCAACUGCACGCCAGCCCCUGCACAGCAACCACGGGGACCCCUUUACCCUGCUCAACACCUUCAAUGCCUGGGUGGAGGUGAAGGGAGAGAGAGGUGGUGGCUCAAGAAAGUGGUGCAGGAGGAGAGGCCUGGAGGAGCAGCGUCUAUAUGAGAUGGUCAACCUACGCAGACAGUUCAAGGACUUGCUGAGGAGCCACGGCCUGCUGGAUUCGGUGAGAAACACUGCCUCUGGUGGUGACCGCAGUCAGCGUAGGGAGAGGCUAACGGAGAGGAGGAAGCUGCAUCAGCUGAAGAGAGAUCAUGAGCAUCAGGAGAGCAGCAAACGUAAAGUCCUAAGGCUGGACGAGGGUCAGGACGGAGAGUUCUCCUCAGGAUCAGACACAGAGGGAGCCAGCAGAGGAAAGAAGGACAAGGGGGGGGCAGGACAGAACUUGGACAUACAGGAGGUGAAGUUCAAGUUGCGUCACAAUGUGUCAGAGCUGCAGGAGGCGGCCAGCGUCAGUCAGGACAUGUCCUCCCGUCAGCAGGCUUUGCUCAAGUUGCUCCUCUGCCGCGGCCUCUACCCUCAGCUAGCACUGCCCGAUGAACACAACUCCACCCGCAAGGACUCCGAGCAGGUGUUUCACACAAGGAAUAAGCAGGGAGUGGUGAUCCACCCGACUAGCGUGUUUGCCAGCGACCCAGAGGUGUUACAAGUGCCUGAGGAUGACACAAGAGAAAUUGGGCCCGAUAAGCGAGAGAGCAGCAGACACCAGCUGCUAGCCUUCGUCACUCUGUUGGAGACCAACAAGCCAUAUUUGUCCAACUGUGUGCGGGUUCCAGCACUGCAAGCUCUGCUGCUGGUAGCAAACUCUGUGGACAGUAACGCUGACUGUACGCGGCUGGUGGUGGACGGCUGGCUGGAGCUGGAGCUGAGGGAGGCAGAGGAGGCCCUGAAGGUUCUGUCCACAGCUCUUACCCUCAGGACUGAGUGGGAGCGCCUCCUGUUGGCCCAGCUGGGACAGAGCACGAUGGGGGAAGCAGAAGUUAAGGGAGUGUCCCGCAAAGUCAUGGAGAAGAUGAGUGAAGGCCUGGUCCGCUUCCUGCUCUACACUGAGGUCACUUACAGCCUACGGCGACUCACAGCUUUCCAGACCCAGAACCUGUACAUCGGCCCUCAGUGUCAGUCUGAAUCUGUCAACAAAGCUCCAGAUGUAAACCCGCUGUUUCCAGGAGUUGAGGCCAAGCCAGACCCCAUUAAAGGAGGCCUGCGUGUCGCUGGCUUCUUCAACUACAACUGUUUAGCUGACUCAAAGGAUCUCUACAGUGAGUGUUUACGCACUUUCUGGAGCUGUCCUAACUGUGACCUCUAUAUGCCUCUGACUCCUCUGGAGCGCAUGCAGCACGAGGCCACCUGCAGGCCAGCAGGAGAACAGCAGCAGCCAGAGGAAGAGCCAGAGGGUGGAAAGGCUGGCUCCUCCUCAGUGUCCAGUCUUAACAGAGUUUAUCACUGUGAUGUCUGUAAUGAAGACCUGACCCUCACCUCCACUGAGAUCCUCAAACACAAAAGGCAGCACAUGUAUUCUGCCAAGUAACUGACUUCAGCAUCUAAAGAACAACAAUUACUCACAACUUGUGUCUGUUCUUUCGAGGACAGAUAUGAGUUCAUAGAAUGAAGUUGUUGUUGUUGUUGUUGUUGUUACAUUUGUGUCACCGUUCUUCUACCCAUUUGUACUUGAGAAACUUUAUUAAAGUGCUAUGA